UUCACACGAAGAAGUAAACUGAAGUGAACAGUGACUGAACAAUUUACACGUUGGCGUUUUUAUUGUUAUUUCGACGUUUAUUAACACCCUGGAACUCAACAUAUAUCUAAUUUAACUGCGCAGCAUCACACACGUACAAGGUGGUGUUUAAUUCGAGUUGGAGACAGGACUUGGUUGAUAGAUGUUAUCUAGGUAACGCUAGCUAGCUGCUAACAAUGGCUAACUGUAUGGUUUUUCACACUCAAAUAGCCUCCAUCAUGGAGGUGCUAGCGAAUGCAGCUGUGGCAGACAUCUGUAAACUCGUAGACGACGACUAUGCAGUGUUUCGUUUGGAAAUAACUCAAAGCCAGAAAGAAAACAGGGCAUUACGGAGGAAACUACAACUACUGGAACUGAAGGUGGCACGGGAGAGCGCAGAAGGGACCAAUAGUGUCAAAAUCCUCGACCGAUACAGAGGAAUGCCAAGAGCUGAAGUACAUCUCACUGGAGGCCACAGGAGCUUUGUGAAAUCAGCGCGAUACAAUACAUGGAGAGAUGACCAACCAAUCACUGUUGACGAGGGGAGUGGAACCUCAACCCAGCACGUUACCGUAAAAGAGACUGCAGAUGCAGAGGCUGCAGUUCUUGGAGUCAAGCAGGAUAGCACUGAAGUAGAGGACCCACAACACAGUAGAGACAUCCAGACUGGAGUGACUGGAGCACUCCCUGUAGCCACGGAGGUCCCCACCACCGCCGCCCGACGCAGCAUCACGGAGGAGGAGGGUCCAGAGGUGCUGCUGGUGAAGGAGGAGGGUCUGGAGAACCCUGAGGGGACCAUGGUCAUGGAGGACAACCAGACUACACCUCCUGAACCCACAGAGGAACCAGCUGAUCAGCACAGGACCACACAGGGUCUCACUGAGUCAGUAGACAUGGAGGAUGGGAAGCCUGAUCUGCUGCUUGUCAAAGAGGAGACGAUAGAGGACGGACCAGAGAGCAUUGAUCUGAUGAGUGGACUAAAGAUGGGGGAGCAAGGUGGUUGGCAGGAGGCUAAAAGAGGAGACUGGGUGGCCAUCUUGGAUUCCCAGACCCAGACGGGUGCAGCCAAGGGCCCACGGGACAACAUCACUGAUCAGGCCAGGACCAGAGGCGACAUGGUGGAGGUCAGUGGAUGGGACAGCGUCCUCAACUCUGGGCUGGGGAACAACACUGUUAACCACAACCAGAAACAGACAGGGGAACACAAAACAACAUCCGAACUUAGUCUCCAUGACAACAGACUGGCUGAGACCAGGGUGAGGCGUAGAUUUGGUCUGCAGGGGCGAGGAGUUGUCUUUAUGGGAACAGUCACAGACUCGGCUAGCGAUGCUCCAUCCUGCUCCUAUAGUUGUGAUUCAGAGAGACUGAUGGAGCCUCAGGUUAACCCUCUAACAGGUGCUGCCUUCAGCCUGCCUUCUAUAGGAUCUAUCAACUGGAACAUGGACCCUGCGACAACACAGACACACCCUGGCCUUCAUCCUCCUCACACUCUCCUAAUGUUAAACCAGACCUCAGACAAUGCCAGUGCCUCAUCACUAAAUGGCUACACAAGCCCAUUGACAAAUGACAGUAAUAGUAACGCAAUCAGCAGAUCUAGUGGCAAAGAGAAGCGCUUCCCGUGUUCAUUCUGUGGGAAAGCCUUCAGUUUCCGCAAACAGGUGGAGAUCCACAAGAGGAUGCACACAGGGGAGAAACCUUUCGGCUGCCAACUGUGCCGGGCCAGUUUUUCACAAUCAUCCAGCCUGAAGAGGCACCAGAGAGUCCACACAGGGGAGAAACCCUUUAGCUGUCCCCAGUGUGAGAAGAGGUUCUCCCACCAGCACCAUCUGAAGGUGCACCUGAAGAUCCACACGGAGGAGAGGCCAUUUGCCUGUACGCACUGCGGGAAGAGGUUCUCAGAGAGGAGCUACCUCAGGAUACACCAGCAGCAAAUGCACACAGCACAUGUAUAGAGUAUAGUGACAUGUGAUGUAGUACUAGUUUGUUUGUAGUUAAUUCUGUUGGUUUUGGAUGUAGUAGGGAGCUGGAUGAGAUGAACUGAGGAUAGAAUGAGUAUGAUGAGACAGAGUAGAUGAUAGGCUGGUGGUUGGUGUGAUGGUGUCUGUAAAAAAAAAAAUUGCUGAUUUAAGACUAACUUUUUUCCAGUUGUUUUAUAAUGAGAAAAUGAUUGGGCCUUAAGUUUACUUGACAUGAAGUAGUGAAGCUGUGUGUAAUGUUGAACCUUUUCCAAAGUAUUCUAAAAUUCAUUUUAACAAAACGAGGGUACCAGAUUUACAGAAAAGGUUGUGUUACCAUAGUGAGAAAAGUUAUUGUACUUGUCACUUAUCGUUUUGUACAAUAAAAGUACUGAACUUCACGUAUGUGAGUGUAUGACCAUUUUGUUGAAAUUAAAUACAAAUUUGACUCUG